AUGCUCUCCUUCGUGGCGACAGUCACAGCAUGGAAGUCGCCAGUCAAGCCGCUCCGGGCGUCGCGCGCGUCAGCUCCGUCCAUGAUGGUGCAGUGGUCGGCGGCGCCUGCGGACAUCCUGUGGGCCGAAGCGGCUUGGGUCAACAUGGGCUUGACGACCGGCGACCUCGGGAUGGAGUGCAUCUGGAUUCCGAAGCAGUUUGUGCCGGAUCAGAGCCGUGAGUGGUACUUCUGCAGCUCGGCAGCCGCCUACGACGCUGCCGUCACCUGCCUGGCGCUGCCCAUGAUAACAGCGGGCCGCAAGGUGUUCAUCUGCUCGACGCCCAUCGGAGUCGGGCCUGGGUACUCCGAGUGA